UAUCAUUUACAUGACGUGUAUGUCACAGAUAUCAACAACAGACGUCAGAAAUAUUUGAGUUUCAUACAUUAAUAUUUAAAAACUAUUUAAUAAGAUAAUAAGCUGCUCGUAUUUAUUCUAAAUUAUACUUGUUGAAAAUGCAUUCUGUUCUUCAGCGCGGAAAUGCAAUAGUGGCGUAUACCAUAAGUGUUUUAGCAUUUUUAACAUUUACUUGUUUUGCAUCCACGUUUUUCUUAGAUUACAGAACAAACGCUCAUAUUAAUACGGUAAAAGUAGUUGUGAAAAACGUCCCAGACUAUAGUGCUUCUCGACUUAAAAAUGAUCUAGGAUUUCUAACAUUCGAUCUUCAAACUAAUUUAACUGAUAUUUUUAAUUGGAAUGUAAAACAGCUGUUUCUGUACCUGACUGCAGAAUAUGNCCCAGUAUGUUUGUAA